AUGUCAAUUAAUCCUGCUACUGUUCAACCUGUUUCAUAUGUUGGUUUUGAUACCAUCACAAGUCAAAUAGAGCACCGUCUCCUUAAAAAAGGAUUUGCUUUUAAUAUAAUGGCCGUAGGUCAAUCUGGUCUAGGUAAAAGUACAUUAUUAAAUUCAUUAUUCUCAUCACAUCUUAUUGACUCAGCUACUGGUGGUGAGAUUUCCAAAUUACCAAUCACAAAAACAACAGAAAUUACAGUUUCUUCUCACACUUUACAAGAAGAUAGAGUUCAAUUAAAGGUUAACGUCAUUGAUACACCUGGUUUUGGUGAUUUCAUCGACAAUAAUAGAGCUUGGGAUCCAAUUGUUAAAUAUAUAAAAGAACAACAUUCCUUAUAUUUACGUAAAGAACUAACUACCAACCGUGAAAGACAUAUCACUGACAGUAGAGUCCAUGCUCUUUUGUAUUUUAUAAAACCAAAUGGAUCAGGAUUGAAAGACCUAGAUAUCGAAGCUUUAAAAAAAUUAACUGAAAUUGCAAAUGUCAUUCCGGUUAUUGCUAAAGCUGAUACUUUAACUAUUACUGAAAGAAAUGAAUUCAGAAGUAUACUACAGGAGGACUUCAUUAAACAUGACUUAAAAAUGUAUCCAUACGAUGACAACGAUCUAACUGAGGAAGAGUUAGAAUUAAACAAAAGUAUAAGGUCAAUUAUUCCUUUUGCCGUUGUUGGUUCGGAGACCGAUGUCGAACUGAAUGGUGAAACAUUUAAAGGUAGAAAAACUAGAUGGGGUGUCCUUAAUAUUGAAGACAUUGAUCAAUGUGAAUUCGUUUAUUUAAGAGAAUUUUUAAUUAGAACUCAUUUACAAGAUUUAAUUGAAUCAACUUCGUUUGUUCAUUACGAGAGCUUCAGAUCUAGACAAUUAAUUGCUUUAAAAGAAACAGCCUCAAACCGUAACUCUGUACCAAUGACACAACGUUAG